AGAGGUGGCAGAGCAGGCGGUUUCAGGGCACAGUCGUGAUACUAAUGCUAUCCAAGAGGAUGAACUUGAGCAGCAUAUCAUCGGUUUGGAAAACGUCCAAACAAAAGCAGCUCCCGCCCUUGAACGAAACGAAAGCUUGCAAGCGAGCAGUCCCAUGGAUGUUUUCGAGUCUGCAAGCAGCCAGGAAAACUUUUUCAGCGAGGAAAUCUCAUCCAGGUUCAGUGCGUUUUCCGACGAGAACAACACCCCCAAUAAUGAAUUGGAGGUCGAGGAACUUUACUCCAUGCACGAUGGGUACUCGGCAGAUGACGACUCAAUGAGAAAUGGUCAUUCAGAAGCAGCAUCGGAACUACAUUGGACACCUGCGGGGUCUACUGCUCCAAGUGGAGAUGGAAAGCUGGAAAUUCAACAACAGAACGAGGCAGAAAGAGAUCUCAGCAAAGAUGGGAAAGAGUCAGAUGAACGUGAAGGUUCCACGGUGGACGUAAACCAGCAGCUUUUAUCUCGACUUCACGAUUUAAGUGCGCAACAACACGAGGACGAACUGGUACACAGUCUUCCCUCGGAUGGUAAAGCGCAAGGAAACGAAAUCGGCAAUCAUAAGGUGGACUCCGAUGACGACAACGAGGUGGAUCUCGAGCAAGACGUGGAAGAGCAUCAACAACACGCUGAAAGCACUAUUUCCAGCAGUCGUCAGCUGGAGGAAAUCGAACGUCCCACAAGUCAACAAGCCUCUCCGAAGUUGCAAGCUUUUGACACCUCAAAGAGCGAUGGCGAUGCUAUAUGGGCAGCGGAAGACAACACGUCUGACAAGUCGGAGGAAUCUUUGAGCUCCUCCCCAAGGUCUCCAGUUUUCGGCGUCCUGUCACCCGCUAAAUCGGCAGACAGCCUUGAAAGCGAAGUUGCAACGAUACUGGCGCCGAGUUCUCCAACGUCCCAGUCGAUGCCGUCUCCAAUGCCGGAAGAAAUGCCACCGCUACCUCCACUGCCUCCACUAAGGUGGCGGACUUCGUUGUUCAUGCCAAGGGACAGCGGACUAUUCCAACGCGAGCCUCCAAGCUUGGAAGUUGGCGCUGGUGAUCAUCUCGCUUCAGCGCAUGAGCCUCCUCCACAAGUAUUGGUGGCGUCAGAGACUUCUCCAUUCCAAGCUGUAGAGUCGCCGGAGCCUCAGCCACUGGAGGAUACCAUCGACAGGAUUUCCUCACAGCCAGAAACGUUAGUCGACAAGCCACUUCCAGAUUUACACUUGCCGGAUCCGGAGCCACCUUCACAACCUUCCAGCUUCUUGUCACGGUCAAUCGACGUGGACAAUUUGGAACAACAUCCAAGCUCGCAAAGCUUGGCCAACAAAAAUAUUUCAAACGACGAUCCAGCUGAUGCCAUUCCUGUGUCUACAAUGGAUGAGUUUCGGGAAGAGGCUGAAUCGCAAGAGCCGAGUGAUCCAGAAACAUCUCCUAGGACUGUCCCGUUGACGGUGGCUGACGUACCUCCAGCGCUACUCGUUGACGACAGCCAGUCGCUCGCAGCAACAGGCUUGUCUCAUCCGGAUGACAAAACUUGUCCCGAUGCAGCAGUGCACGAAUCCUUGGUGCCACCUCCAGCCGACGACAAUGAGGUGCCUACAAUUGCAUCAGCCAGAGAAGAUUUGUCACAUCUCGACGACAGUCAACCGCUUAUGGAAGUUUCGGUGUUCGCUCCCGCUUCACCGCUCACGGAACAGCUCCCCGGUCCAGGACCUGUGGCAGAAGCUCGCGGCCUGCCAGAAUCAUCGCUCCCACCUCAAUGUCACUCGCCUACAGAUGCUAGCGAAUCUCCACAAGCUCCUUCGUCACCAAGAACUAUAGACGACUUGCGGGAAGCGUCUGUGCCACCUCAAAGCCACUCGCCAGGAACUAUCGACGACUUGCGAGAAGUGUCCGUGCCACCUCUCAGUCACUCGCCUACAGCUGCUAGAGAUUCUCCACAAGCUCCUUGGUCGCCAGGAACUAUAGACGACUUGCGGGAAGCGUCUGUGCCACCCCAAAGCCACUCGCCAGGAACUAUCGACGACUUGCGAGAAGUGUCCGUGCCACCUCUCAGUCACUCGCCUACAGCUGCUAGAGAUUCUCCACAAGCUCCUUGGUCGCCAGGAACUAUAGACGACUUGCGGGAAGCGUCUGUGCCACCUCAAAGCCACUCGCCAGGAACUAUCGACGACUUGCGAGAAGUGUCCGUGCCACCUCUCAGUUACUCGCCUACAGCUGCUAGAGAUUCUCCACAAGCUCCUUGGUCGCCAGGAACUAUAGACAACUUGCAAGAAGUGUCCGUGCCACCUCAAAGCCACUGGCCUACAGCUGCUAAAGAAUCUCCACGAGCUCCUUCGUCACCAGGAACUAUAGACGACGUGCGAGAAGUGUCCGUGCCACCUCGUAGCCCGUCCCCGACAAAGGAGUUCCCAGACGCAUCCUCGCCAGUUCAAGCUGCUCAAACUCAACCUCAGUCGCCUGUACGAACAGAAGUAUCCAUACCAUUACAGGGCCCGGAGUCGUUCACGGCGUCAAGGGACUCGCCAGAGGCACUCGUGCCACAUCCAGUAGGAGAGCAGUCGGUGGAUCCACCAGAGGUUUUGAAGUCACCUCCAUCUCGUCCUGUCGAUGACAGCCCGACACCCCCACCACUACGAGGCAAUCUGGACGAGGAGCCAGAAACUUUUCCAGCUGAUGCGCCAUCACCCUCCAGGAAAGAUUUGCCGGGUGAUGCUCUGAUACAAGCAAUCUCCGUGCAUGACAGGACCAAGCUCAAGAGGGUGCCGUCGGACGUCCCGGGUGUGCCAAAAGCUCCUGACGAACGGGAAGUUUUGCUGGAGCAAAUCCGUUCCCAGUCCUUCAACCUCCGGCACACGAUCGUAGAGAAGAAGGAAAUCAAGGAGACGACCCCGCGUCUUGUCACAAACAUUAACGUGGCUGCCAUCCUGGAGAAAGCAAACGCGAUCAGACAGUCUCUCGCGGACAGUGAAGACGAGGAAGACGAUUGGAGCGAGUGACGUUCGCUACUUUGGUAAGGCCUCCUUGUUUUAUCUGUGAAUAUGUUAUACAUAUAUGUUCUUUGGUCAAGCGCUUCCAAUUGGAAGAACUCUUGACGGAUCCAAAAUUCUAUCGCAACAUUGCAACGUUCCAAA